UUGACUAGUCGCCAAAGCACCGACACCCAAGGUGCACCAAAAAUCGCAAUGUUUGAUAUCUUGAACGCUCCACCGGUUGAUCCCUUUCGGGCGCCACUGUUGGACUGCCACUGGCCCACCCUGACCAUACUUGCCGUCUACCUGCUCUUUGUGCUGAAGGUGGGCAGGAAGCUGAUGGAGAAUCGAGAGCCAUUCGAUCUGCGCGGCAUCAUCAAAGUCUACAACCUUGUGCAAAUACUGUACAACGGCAUAAUGCUUGUGGGCAGCCUGCAUUUUAUGCUGAACGCCUACGACCUCAAAUGCAUUACCAACCUGCCACUGGAUCACGAGUGGAAGAACACAGAGCGAUGGCUGACCUACUCGUACUUCAUGAACAAGCUACUGGAUCUGCUGGACACCAUAUUCUUCGUGCUGCGCAAGAAGCAUGGGCACUUAACAUUCCUGCACAUCUUCCAUCACGCCUUCAUGCCGUACUUCUGCUUGCUGUACAUCCGUUUACAUGGACACGGUGGCCAUGGCUUCUUCCUCUGCUUCUUCAACGUCGCCGUGCACGUUGUAAUGUACACCUACUACUACAUAUCAUCCGUACGCAAGGAUGCCCAAGCUAAUAUCUGGUUCAAGAAGUACAUCACCAUCGUUCAGCUCACCCAGUUUUUCAUCAUACUCGUUCACUGCAUCUACACCCUGCGCCAGCCCAACUGCAAUGCAUCCCGUACGGUACCAGUUUAUGGCGGCCUCGUCGCAUUAACAUUCAUCAUUCUGUUCCUUAAUUUCUACAUAAAGGCCUACAUAAUGCCCAAGAAGAAGGCGUCCGAGCGAAAAAUGAAAUGAUUGCUGGAGCUAGCCUUCAGAUGUAUUAGUCAAAUAUUUGUUAAGCGAAUUAAA